AAGUAGACUUCCAAUAUCAAAUCAGAUUGGUUCGGACACAGCCCUAUUUUUGGCAAUGCCCCUUCAGCAACUAUCAGAGCAAAUCCUCACAGCUUUACAGCUUUCAGUCUCAGUCACAUUUCCCAGUUCACACUCUCCCAUGACUUCUAACAUUCAAUCUUCUUCUUCUUCUUCAAAUUAGGGUUUCUAAUUCCUCCAAUUCUUCCAUUCUUCUCUUGAAAUGACCACCCAAUCCCCACCUCACUACGGUUCCCUCCCUUCCACCUCCUCCCCACCCUCCUCCACCGCCGCCUUCCUCGCACGCGCUCGAGCCACCACCCGCCGCCCAUGGCCGCAAUUCUUGGAACUCCACUCCCUCAGCCGCCCCUACUCCGUCGGCGAAGCCACCAUCCGCCUCAAACGAAACCUUUCCUACUUCCGUGUUAAUUACACCAUGGUUGUUCUCGUAAUUCUCUUCGUCAGUCUCUUAUGGCACCCCAUUUCGAUGAUCAUCUUUUUAAUCGUCUUCGUUGCGUGGUUUUUUCUUUACUUCUCCCGGGAUGAGCCGUUGGUCAUUUUCAACCGUCAGGUGGACGAUCGCCUGGUGCUGGGAGUUCUUUCUGUGGUGACCAUUUUGUCCUUGGUUUUCACGCACGUGUGGUUGAAUGUUUUGGUUUCGCUCUUGAUUGGGGCGUUUCUGGUGUGUCUACACGCGGCAUUUCGAGGGAUUGACGAUUUGUAUUACGAUGAAGGUGACGGUGCUGAUAAUGGUUUGUUUUCUGUCGUGGGGAGCCCCCCCAUCAGAGUUGGCUACAGCCGUGUUUAGUUCAUUUUGAUCAAUUCGAGGUGGUUGGUUAGAGCUUUUUUUUUUUUCUUUUCUAAAUUCUUUUUUGAAGUUCUAUUUAUUUGGUUACAUUAAAUUUUUGGUUGUAAAUGUUUAUGUAGGUUUCUCUUUAUAAAUGAAAAAUUGAAUAAUUAGAUGUCAUAGUGAUUCAAGUGAGGCAAUUCACUUUUAAUGUGAAUUUUUAUUUUUGA